AUGAAAUACUCAAAAAUUUCAAAUGAAACACGAAUUGCUUUCAUCGAAAAAGUAAAUUAAGGAGCUUGUACAAUAAGACAAGCAGCUAAAUAAUUUGGAAUCAAAUUCUCCACUGGGAAAGCAAUCCUCUCUCUUUUUAAGCAUGAAGGCAGGGUCGGAAAAAAAGAGAAGAGGACUCGAAAAUUAAAACAAUAAAAAGAAGAAUUAAUAUAAUAGAAUUGUAAUAAUCCAAAGGAAAUACCUAUUGUGAAAACUAAAUAAAUUUAAGAGUUUUAAACUCUUCAAAAUAACGAAUCAUAUAAUAAUUCUUAUUAUACUUAGUACUCCAACUAUCAAAACUGGUAUUAAACAUAAGCCUGGUUAUAAUACAUGAACCUAAUGAACUAUUAUAAUUAUGGAAAAAUAUUUUGA